AGCUGCCCCUGCCUCCUGGGGGGCAGGACCACGAUCCGGCUGGGCACGGCAGGACCGGUGAUGGACCCCAGGUGGUAAGGGCCCUAGUCGGCCGAGCAACGUGGAAACGGAUGGUCACCGUCCCUUCCUCUUGUCCCAGACCACUUCGUGGGUGCACACGGCCAUCUCCGCGGUGAUUUUCCUCAGUGAGGGACUCGGCCCACCUCCUCCGAGGGUCCCUACUCUAGCCGGGAGUUUCUCUCGGGAUCCGAGGACCCAGAAGAAGAAGCUUCGUUUUCCCCCGCCAUCUCAAACCACCUCGGAUCUCAUGAGGAAUGUGCAUCCCCAGUAGUGCGGCGGUGUGGAGGUGACACCCAUUUACUCUGGAGCCGUAUUCCUCUGCGCUACAAGCGGCUCCCUUGCCGGUCCCUGGAGAGAGGGGAGCCCGUGCCAUCCCAGCGCCUCCGGCCUAAAGCAAUGCUCUAGAGAGCCCCACGACCAUGAAAGGGUUAGGAGACAACCGGAGCCGCCAUCUCUCCGACAGCCUGGAACCCAACCAAGACUCCCUGUACGGCGCCCAGGACCGGAACCCUUACCUGCUGUCCCCGACGGACUCCUUCGCCCGGGACCCCCGGUUCCCGGCCGCGAGCCCCCUCCCCGGGGACCGCCUCCUGCCCCUGAACAACCAGCUGUCCAACAGCAGCACUUUCCCUCGUAUCCACUACAACUCCCACUUCGAGGUGCCCGAGGAGAGCCCCUUCCCCAGCCACGCCCAGGCCACCAAGAUCAACCGCCUGCCCGCCAACCUGCUGGACCAGUUCGAGAAGCAGCUGCCCAUCCACCGCGACGGCUUCAGCACCCUCCAGUUCCAGCGGGGCGACCCCAAGCACCGCAGCGAGAGCCCCGGCCGCAUCCGCCACCUGGUCCACUCGGUCCAGAAGCUCUUCGCCAAGUCCCAGUCCCUGGAGGGGGGCCCCAAGGGCGGCGUCAACGGCAAGAAGGGGGCCGAGGACGGGAAGCAGAACCGGAGGAGCAAGAGCAAGGAGCGGGCCAAGAACUCGGAGCCCAAGCGCCGGACCCGCUCCAACAUCUCGGGCUGGUGGAGCUCCGACGACAAUCUGGAAAACGACACCCGUGGUUACCGCAACCCCAUGGGGCUCAUGACCCUGGGCCGGCAGCCUGACCGCGGCCAGCCCCGCUACUUCAUGCACGCCUACAAUACCAUCAGCGAGCACAUGCUCAAGUCCUCCAAGAGCAAUAACGACCUCAAGUGUGCCCCCUGCCCCAACAUCCCCAUCAACUCCGAGUCCAACUACAUCAAGAGGGGGUCCUGGUCCACGCUCACCCUCAGCCACGCCCGCGAAGUCUGUCAGAAGGCCUCGGCCACCAUCGACAAGGCCCUGCUCAAAUCCAAGUCCUGCCACCAAGACCUGGCCUAUCAUUACCUGCAGGUGCCGCAAGGCGAGUGGAACAGCACGCUGUCCCGGGAAACCGACAGCGAGAUCCCGUGUCGCCGCAUGAGGAGCGGGAGUUACAUCAAGGCCAUGGGGGACGAGGACAGCGAGGACUCGGAGAACAGUCCAAAACCGUCCCCCAAAACUGCCGCUCGGAGACAGAGUUACCUCAAGGCCACCCAGCAGUCCCUGAGCGAGCAGAGCACAGCCCACAGGAGCCUGGACUGCCUGGACUCUGUCGAUAUCCUGAUGCCCUCCAAGUUCCCAAGCUGGGAGGAGGAAUUCAACCCCAUCAGUGAGAGCGUCACUGAGGCCAGCUGCAUUAACCAGAUAUUUGGACAGGCCUCAUUUAUUCCUCAGAUAUUUACCCAUGACGAGCAGGUCAGGGAGGCCGAGCUGAGUGACCAGUACGAGACGGAGGCAGCGUGUGAGUCGGCCUACAGCGAGGCGGAAUCCGCCGCCGCCGAGGUCCUGGAUCUGCCUCUGCCCAGCUAUUUCCGCUCCCGGAGUCACAGUUAUCUCCGAGCCAUCCAGGCGGGCUGCUCCCAGGACGAGGACAGCAUCUCCCUCCAGUCCCUCUCCCCACCGCCAACUGGAAGCAUUGGCAGCAGUCGCACGCUCCCCAGUUCAUCAUGCCUAGUGGCAUAUAAAAAGACUCCGCCGCCCGUCCCUCCCCGGACCACCUCCAAGCCGUUCAUUUCGGUCACCGUGCAGAGCAGCACCGAGUCUGCCCAGGACACCUACCUGGAUAGCCAGGACCACAAGAGCGAGGUCAACAGCCAGUCGGGCCUGAGCAAUUCAUCUGACAGUUUGGACAGCACCCGGCCCCCCAGCGGGACCCGUGGAAGCGUGGUGGCCCAGGUCCGACAGCCCCCUGAGCUCCCCCAGAAAAAUGCAACUUUGAAGAGCGACAAAGGAACGCUGACCAGUGAGGAGCCCCAGGCCGAAAACCUCCCCAAAAGGAAACUCUCGUCUAUAGGAAUACAAGUUGACUGCAUUCAGCCAGUGCCAAAAGAGGAGCCAUCUCCCGCUACCAAAUUCCAGUCCAUCGGGGUUCAGGUAGAGGACCAGUGGCGGAACAGCGGCCCCUCCCACAACAUGUCCUCCAAACAGGACCCCGAUUCCGAUCCCCAGGAGCCCAACGAUUCCAGUUGUAAAUCCUCUGAGAGAAGCCUUUCCGACUGUCCCCCCCGCCACAAUUCCGUCGGCCUCGACAUCGGUUCCCGGCAGCCCGCCAAGGCCUCCCAGAUCACAAGAAACCUCUCCUAUGGAGACAACUCAGACCCAGCCCUGGAGCCUUCCUCGCUCCCCCCGCCCGACCCAUGGCUGGAAACUUCGUCCAGCUCCUCUUUGGAACCGUCCCAGCCGGGGGCCUGCAGGCGAGACGGGUACUGGUUCCUGAAGCUGCUCCAGGCCGAGACGGAAAGGUUAGAAGGCUGGUGCUGUCAGAUGGACAAGGAGACCAAAGAGAACAAUCUCUCUGAAGAAGUCUUAGGAAAAGUCCUCAGUGCCGUUGGCAGCGCCCAGCUAUUGAUGUCCCAGAAAUUCCAGCAGUUCCGGGGUCUCUGUGAGCAAAACUUGAACCCUAAUGCUAAUCCCAGACCCACAGCCCAGGACCUUGCUGGGUUUUGGGAUCUCUUGCAGCUGUCCAUCGAAGACAUCAGCAUGAAGUUUGAUGAAUUAUACCACCUUAAGGCCAACAACUGGCAGCUAGUGGAAACCCCUGAGAAGAAGGAAGAGAAGAAACCACCCCCUCCCGUGCCAAAGAAGCCGGCCAAGCCCAAAACGGCUCUGAAUCGGGACAAGGCCUCCGACUCCGUGGACAAGCAGCGCCAAGAAGCCCGCAAGCGCCUCAUGGCCGCCAAGCGGGCGGCCUCCGUCCGGCAGAACUCGGCCACGGAGAGCGCGGACAGCAUCGAGAUCUACGUCCCGGAGGCCCAGACCCGGCUCUGAGCGAAGGAAAGAGGAAGGAAGGAAACCAACGCGCUCCGUUUUUAAGUCAUUAAAACAGAAAUCAAACAAAAAAACAAAAGUUCUCUCGAAACCUUAGUGUCAUUAUUCCGUCUAGAGACUCUGAGCCAACUUUAAAAAAAAAAAAAAA